AUGCUCCGGCGUGUCCGUGCUCUGGCGGCGAAAGCUGGCCAAGAUCCAGAUGAGGUCAUCGCCAACCACCUUGACAGCCUUCGCACGGGCAAGCUGAUGCCACGAAGCGCCUAUGUGGCACGUUGGCGUGCGCGGGCAUGGCAGGUUUGGCAGCGACUGCAGGGCAUAGAGGAUGUGAACAUCCCGCGGCUGAUGGAGACGCUCAUGACCAUCCAUGCGGAACAGGUGUUUUCCGACGGCCUCUUCAAUGCCGAUCCCCAUCCGGGGAACGUGCUAUUGCUCAAGGAUACUUCGCGACUCGUUGGUCUCAUCGAUUUCGGCCAGGUGAAGGAGCUGUCUAUGGACUUCCGGAUCCAGCUCGCCAAGCUGAUGAUUGCUUUGGCAAGAAGAGAUCAGGAAGAGGUGAUACGGCUCGACAAGGAGAUGGGCAGCCAGACUCGCCACUCGAAGCCGGAUGUGAGGUACAAGGUUUUGACCUUCUGGUUGGACCGGGACACGGACGACGUGACCGGCGGUCGAUCCUUCCACGACUUUCUGGCCUGGGCAGAGGCCGAAGAUCCACUGCUCGACAUGCCACAGGAGCUCCAUUUGGUCAUGCGAUGCUCCUGCAUGAUACGCAACUUGGCGCUGACCUUUGGCAUUCGGCUGUCCACUGCAGAGUAUUGGAAACCGGUGGCACAAGCACUGCUUCAGAAGCAUGGCAUUACCUACUGA